GGAACAAAAGCAUAAAUGAGAGUGUCUUUUCCACUUUAAAAACAAAAUUGAUAAUCUGUUUGAAGUUAAGUCUUUUAGACCACUUAGCUCUUUGAGUCCCAUAACUUGGUUAAUUUUCACUUUAAGAGCUACUUUUUUGGCUUGUAUAUGGUUGAAGAACUUUUUUUUUUAAUGUUCAUGGAGUUAUUUUUACUAUCUCUAAGUUUGUCUUAAAUUUUUACCAGUUGUAGGUUCAGUGAAUAUACUCUUGUUUUUUAAGCCAAAAGGCUCACUUUCAAAACCUUGCCUACUAUGUUCAGCCUAGUACCUUGGCAGGUGAGUCAGACUGAGGUCAAAGAGCCCUUCCCUAUUCCUGUAUCUUUGGGUACAGAAACAGGCUUGUACAUCCCUGAACUUAGAGCCUGUGAUGAAUUAGAGUUCUUAGUGACUGAAGGUCAUGGUCAUUGUCAGUUGGAAGGUCUCUUGCCAUUCCACAUCCUUCAUUUGCAGAUGGGGAAAUCAAGCCCACAGAAGUCAAGGGAUUUGUCCAAACUGAAAUAGGAGCAGCCAGAGCCCAGGAGUUGACCUGGUUCCAAGUCUGUGCUGCUUUGAUCACUCCUGUCUCUGAGCAUGACCAUAGUUGACUAUAGAAAUUAGCUUUAGAGACUAAAAUUACAAUUGAUAUAUGAAAAAUAAAAAAAUAGAUAAAUAAGAUGAGCAUGAUCGUGAUUGUUAAGACAAUCCCAGGAGAGGUGUUAAACAAGUUCUUAAAUAUUGAGUAAAACACUUAUAUUCACUUUACACCAAAUAGAUAAGCACUAGUGUUAGGUGGCAGUAAGGGUGUUCAUACUGAACAGCCACUUUUUAACUAGAAGAAAAAUUAGGCAGCAUAAUUAUCAAGGGAAAUUGUGAAAUGUCCAUUACUGAAGAUAGGCUUGAAGUAGAUACUCCUCUUGGUUUGAACAGGAGCUUUCUGUCUCAGUACUGGAGUGAGAACAGAGGACCCACAAGCUGUGUGGCUUUUAAAGCAAUUAAAAGUAAUGGUAUACGGACUUUUUAAAGUAAAGAUUUUUUACAAAGCAGACCAAUAAACAGUGUUUGUACAGAAUUGCCUGGCUAAUGUUUGGGUGAAGCUACUGGUGUUUAUUAACAGCUUUUCUUAAUAACUGUGAGAUUUACUCAUUUGGGGCAUUUCAUAAUUCUGACUCCAGAUUUUUUCCACUGAUGUAGUUUUAAUAGUUUUGUGACAAGAGAACAGGAUAGAUUUAUGAUUCAUAACACUGCUUUCUAAAUUUCCAAGAGCGCUAUGACUUCUCGGUGGACACAGUUCAGUCAGCUUGACCAGCUUGUCUUGAGGUGGCCACAUGAUAGGCGAGGCAGCGGCACAGUGAUCUUCAGCGCUGGCGCAUCUUCUGAGCUCACUCUGCAGUGUGAAGCGCUGCAGCUGGUCCGUCCCUUUGUCCAGCCUGAGUCCUAGCACUUAACCACCGGGAUGCGUCAUUGCGUUUUUGUUUCCUUCCUUGUGGUUUCAGGUACAUGUGAAGAUUUUUUGGCAGUUUAGCGUGGAAACCAUUGAUCACCUUGUCCUCAUUUCUACGUGUUCUGUGUUGGCAAGGGAGAGUGCCCAAAUGAGCAAGAUAUCACAGCAGAACAGUACUCCAGGAGUGAAUGGAAUAAGUGUUAUUCAUACCCAGGCACAUGCCAGUGGCCUACAGCAGGUUCCUCAGCUGGUGCCUGCUGGCCCUGGGGGAGGAGGCAAAGCCGCGGCUCCCAGCAAGCAAAGCAAAAAGAGUUCGCCCAUGGAUCGGAACAGUGAUGAGUAUCGGCAGCGCCGAGAGAGGAACAACAUGGCUGUGAAAAAGAGCCGGUUGAAAAGCAAGCAGAAAGCACAGGAUACACUGCAAAGAGUGAAUCAGCUCAAAGAAGAGAAUGAACGGUUGGAAGCAAAAAUUAAGUUGCUGACUAAGGAAUUAAGUGUAUUAAAAGAUUUGUUUCUUGAGCAUGCACACAACCUUGCAGACAACGUGCAGCCCAUUAGCACUGAGAAUACAACAGAUUCUGAUAGUGCAGGCCAGUAGACCUUACCCUUUCCAGACUUCGCAGCUUGUGGCUGGAACAUUGAAGAUGUGACCCCUACACACUUGUAUCAGCAGCUGACAGUUGUCUUGUUCCAUUACUCAAAGAUCCAUUGGAGGUUAUUUCCUAGGGUCAGCGCUGAAGAGUUGAUUAGCUAAAAAUGUUAGCUGUGUAAUUCAAAUAUCUGGUUUUAAAUGAUGGGGAUUUUUGUGGGGAUCAAAAAAACAAACAUUUUAAAGGUAUAUGGUAAACAAAAAAUAUCCUGGCACCUCGUUGAUGUUCGUAAUAAAUCUUGACUUCCCAAGAAAUUCUUUUUUAAGUUGGCAAAAAGGAAUGGGAAACUGGCAGGUUGUACAGAAGGUUCUUGGCUUCAGCGGAUACGGUUAAUUGGAUUAAAGAAUGCCAUCUAUGUUUAUUUGUGAUUUCAUUCUAAAUUAUGUACUAUAAAUCCUUAGAGCUAUAGAAACCAAUCACUUUGCAAUCUGGAGUAGCAUAAACUUUGUUUUGGCAUAAUUAGGACUGUUUUCCCCAACAAGUAUGCGUUUUUGAAUUGUGAUGGGAGUUAAACCCCAUCACAUCUUAAAGGCAGGGUGCAACCAAUUGAUUUAAAAAUACAAAUAACAUUUAGGAAGAAAAUAGGUUUUAUUAAAAAAUAAAAAGUAAGCAUAUUAGAAUUAUGUAUUUGGGUUAUUAGAUUGGCAUCAUCUUGUCCUAAAAAAACUCAGUGAUUUAGAGAAACUUGUGUACCAGAAUUUGAGUUUCUGCAGAUGGUAGUAAAAUAAGCAUUUUUUGGAAUAACAUUUUGACAGUCAAUUUAGGAAACAAAAUGUCUUAACAGUUGGUGACACAUGCUACUUAUUAGGAUUUGGAAUAUCAAUUCAGCAUGUAGUUUCUCUUGUGUUCAAAAUAACUGCCAUGGGGCUGUGAGCUUUAAAGUCAAAAAUUUCUUGUGAAGGAUCAUUUUGGUGUUUGAUCUUAGGCAAGCGAUUAUUAGAAAAAUGUAUCAACUCCAUGCCAUCUCCCAAAAUUAUUGUCUAAGAAAACUUGAAAGUGUAAGGUUUUAACCUUUAAUUUAUUUCACUUAAAUACAUCUUUUUAUAUUGUUUUUGUUACAUUUCUUUUUCUGGUUAGUGGACUGUUCUUCUAGACUUUAUAUACCACUGCUUCUGCUUAUUCAUUUGUAUGCUUUUAUGUCCGUAAAUUAUUUUAGAAAGAAAAUGCUGAUAAAACUCAGGAUUUUGACAUUUUUGUCAAGACUAGAACAUGGCAGUCACUAACGUAGGGGAUCUCUAGAGUCUGGCUUAUAUUAAUGUUGGUAGUUUAGAUUGUCAACUUUUUCCCCUUUGUGUGGCACAAUUCUAGUUCAAAUUUGUUGGUUUUGUGUAUUUCUUUGUGCCUGGGCUGGUGAGGACACUUGAAUCGUAUCUGAUUAAAAAGUUUGUGUUACCAGGUAUCUCAUUUGGUCAUUUUUGGCCACAUUGCUGUUCCAUAGUAGGACUUGAGAUAAUGUAACCAGAAUGUAACUCAAGUUGCACCCUUGGGCUGGUGGAAGAGUGCUGACUGUGCUGUUCUCUCCUGGGCAGGAGAAGACAUCAUAGUGCCCUCCCUGCAACUCAGCCAAGCUAUUGUUAGGGUCCCAAGGCCCUUCUGAAUGUAACUCCCUGUAGAGCCAAGAAACAGGAUGGAGGUUUUUAUUAGGGUCCAACACCAGUUUACUUUGGUUGGGAUAUUGAUCUACUUAUAAAGAUCGCUAGAUAUUUUGAAUAACUAAGUAGGACAUACCCACAGAAUCCUGCUGAUCUUUAACAGCUGAUUGAUGUUAUGUAAUUAACUUAAUUGGAGAUGCAGUCAGGUCACUUGAAUCUUUAAGCACCUAUAAUAGGUGCUACAGACAUUUUUAAUCUCUUAUUUAUUAAAAAAUAUUUUUCAGAAAUUGAAAUCCCCAUGGAAUUUAUGGUUACCAAUUAUAUGAAUUGACUUAAGUAUCUUGAAAAAGAAGCUUUUGGGAGUCAUCAGGGGUGUGCACUCAAUAUUUCAAAUCAGAACACAAGAACUUCUGGAAAAAUUGAUUAAAGCUUUUCCUAUUACCUAUGCAAAUCAAAACUUUUAGCACAAGCAAGCAAUCAUGCAUAGAACAAAAAUGUUAACCAUUGUCUUGACUAUCUUACUGAAGUGGUUGGGAAUGAAAGUUUUUAGUUUUAUAGAUUUUUAUCAGUAUAAAAUUGAGGGGAAACCAAGUAUGGGGAAUGAGUAAGUUUAGAGCUUUGGGAAUUGUUAAGUGACUGUUGUAACUUUUGUUCUGUGUGUUACCUAUGAACUAUUAGGAUUUGAUCUGCCUUUGCAGGCAGACUCAGUGGUUUAGGAAUUAGGCUUUCAUAUAAUUUCUAGCUGCAUCUGAGUCUCCUGGGAUGGGUGCUUUGGGCUGGUUUGGCUGCAGAUGGUGAAAGCAAAGCAGCUCUUCCUGCUGCUGGUCCCUGUUGUUACUGGGAUGCUUUGGACGUUCUUACUAAGAAAUAGUAAGAUUUCCGUAAAAUUUGACCAGAGUUUUGAAGUUCAGGUCAUGAGUGUGAAAUUCUCAAAUUUACAUGAAAAAGUAGAAGUAUGUACAAUUUAAUAUUUGAUAUUUAAAAGAAAGGAAGUUAUAGCAGCUUUUGAUGUUUCUUAAUCCUCAUUAGAGGGCUUGUAACUUUUGUAUCUGAAAACCCAUUUAGCACUCACAGUGCUUUUUGAUGCCUUAGAAAUAGGAAGUUUUUUUGUUUGACAAAAGCUAGGAAGGAGAAAGUCCAUUCUACAGCUGUUUAGAUCUGCCUCUCAGGAAAAAGUACUAAUUUGUUCUUUUUGUUCCUGGCUUUCCUCAGUUUGUGAGAUUACUCUAUUUUUUUAAAUAUAAUUUUAUUUCUUUCAAUGAAUUUAAAAUAAAACCUUUGGAACAAUGA